CCGAGCCCAGCCCUACUAGGCUCGCAAGCUGCUCUCUGCCAGAUGCAGCCAAGGGCAGCGGGCACUGCGUCACCAUGCCCAGCAUCUUCGCCUACCAGAGCUCUGAGGUGGACUGGUGCGAGAGCAACUUCCAGCACUCGGAACUGGUGGCCGAGUUCUACAACACGUUCAGCAAUGUCACCUUCUUCAUCUUUGGGCCUCUUAUGAUGUUCCUGAUGCACGCCUAUGCCCAGAAACGCUCCCGCUACAUUUAUGGUGUUUGUGUCCUCUUCAUGGUCGUAGGCCUGUUCUCCAUGUACUUCCACAUGACACUCAGCUUCCUGGGCCAACUGCUGGACGAGAUCUCUAUUCUGUGGCUGCUGGCCAGUGGUUACAGCAUAUGGAUGCCCCGCUGCUACUUUCCCACCUUCCUAGGGGAGAACAGGCCCCAGUUCAUCUGCCUGGUCGUCAUCACCACCAUGGUCAGUACCUUCCUGUCCUUCCUGAGGCCCACCGUCAACGCAUAUGCCCUCAACAGCAUCGCUGUGCACAUCCUCUACAUCGUGUUCCAGGAGUACAAGAAGACCAACAAUAAGGAGCUUCGGCAUCUCAUUGAGGUUUCUGUGGUUUUGUGGGCUUUUGCAUUGACCAGCUGGAUCAGCGACCGCUUCCUUUGCAGUUUCUGGCAGCAGAUUAAUUUCUUCUACCUGCAUAGCAUCUGGCAUGUGCUCAUCAGCAUCACUUUCCCUUAUGGCAUGGUCACCAUGGCCUUGCUGGACGCCAGGUAUGAGAUGCCGGACCAAACCCUCAAAGUCCGCUACUGGCCUCGGGACACUUGGCCUGUGGGGUUGCCCUACGUGGAAAUCAUUGGUGACCACAAGAACUGCUGAAGUCUGCCUGUUUCUUGACUACCCAGCCACCUGCCAACUCACCUGUGUCUUGAGGAGAGAGGCCUGGAUGAGAAAUCUGAAAGAUGCUCACAGUUCCUUCCUCCAGCUGCC